AACUAAGAUCAACUCUAGAUAGGUUGAAAAAUUCAUAAAGUCAAAAGUUAAGCUGUUUGAUAAUUUCAAUUCCUAUAGCUGUUUGUGUGCCCUAUAAAUUAUUUGAGAAGUUAUAAUAAAUAAAAUAAAUUCCAGAUGUUGAAUUUCUUGGCGUGGGGUGCAAGAGUAUAAACCAGUGAUUCCAUUGCAUAUCCUGACAAAUAAAUUCUCAAUCACCAGAGGUAAGUAUCUUUUCUUGUCAUAAUUAGGAAACUUUAACCUCAUGGAGGAUAAGGAAGCUACAUCACCUCCAAAUCCAUCACUGGAAAGUAAUGGUAAGUUUGACGAAAAAACAAAGGCUAUCGAUGAAGAUUCAGAGCAUGUUUCAAGAAUUUUUCAUCAAUUCUACUUUGUAAAGCUUUGGCCAACAGAUCCAGAUUCAAUCACUAAAAUCAAAAAGGAAGAGAACGUGCUAAUGAAAUUGAACCAGGACAUUUGUGAAGUCACUGAAAAAAUCACAGAGAAAAUGUCACAAAGAGAGUAUCUAGAUUCUAUGUUGAAUAGAUUACACUAUCUACAAAAGGAACGGAGAAACCGCGUGGCGAGUAAGGAGAAGAUACUUAGGGAUUUAUAUAUGGCUCUUGAUGAGUUGAAUUUCAUGAACAAAGCAUCAAAGGGAGGACGGUUUGGGGAAAAGCCUGAUAAAAAUUCUAUGAAUUCUGUGAUGCUACAUAGUUGCAAAAAUUUGGCCGAGGAAAAAAAUAUUCUGAGGGAUAUAAACAUUCAACAGAAAGGUGUUGCUUCAUUCAAAUCGCUAAAAGUUCUGAAAAAAACGAUUAGGUGGAGUUUUUACUUGAAAAAUUGGCAGAAGCUCCUGAGAGAAAUUGAACAAUUUCAAAUUCAAUAUAUGGAAAGAGCUUCCGGUAAUGAUCCUGUAAAAGAAAAUAUUUCCAACUAUGAAUCCUUGAAGAAAAUUAUAAAAGACCAAAUCAAGCUUCUAUUUGAUGAAUCUUUUGAAAACAGAAGAGAAUGGAAAGAAUGUGGGACCAAAGUAAGACAUGGUGUGAAAGAACUAGAAGCCAUAAAUGGAGAAUUAUAUUCUUUGAAAGCAAAAUUAACAGAGAAUCAUAAGAAAAAGGGUGAAGCAUAUCAAAGGAUUUUAAAAUUGAAAAACUUGCAUCAUGAGGAGAUUCUCCACUAUUACCAGCAUUGUUCACUUAUAAAUAAAGUCCAUCAGCUGGCAGAAGAAAAAGAUGUAUCAACCCUAGAUGAGAUGUCAAAUUCAGAGGUUGGAAAGUUUAUGUUAGAAUGGAACAACAAUAAGACUUUCCGAGAAGAUUAUGAGAAAAAGGUUCGGCAAUCAUUAGAGAGACGGCAACUAAGUAGAGAUGGGCGAAGAAAACCGAUAAAUCAUGGAAUAUUAUGCUAUUGUAAUGGUGGGAGAGAAAAGUGUGAAUAUUGUAAAGUGUAAAUGCUAUUCUGUUGAAAUCUUAGAACAUGCCAAUAUUCCGUAUCUGUUAGUGUUACAUUCCACUUCAUUCAA